CGGGCACCGCGCCUUCCGGGUCACGUGCUUCGCCAUCCUAUAUCCCCUCCUUGCCUCCGGCGAAGCGCCCGGUGGCUGCCCCUGAGCUGAGCACGCGCGCGAGAUUUGCGGCAGCGACUUCGGGAUGCGAUCCCGCGCGGCAUUCUGGUAGGCUGUAGCUCUCCGCGCUCCUGUUGCGGCUGCUGGUUUUGCUUUUAGCUCUUGUUUAGGGCGGUGUUUGGGAGGCGGCGGCGGCGCUGAUUAAUUAGUUGGGGGGCGGUGGGGGUGAGGAGUCCUGGGCGGCGGCGAUCCGGGCAUGGGGAACGCGAGCGCGAAGGAGGUGGAGAACGGCCACUCGGCCGAGUCGCUGGAGCUGGGGGGCACCGCCGGUGGGGGCUUGACCGAGGCUGCGGCGCCGCCGGACGCCGUGAUGCGCGAGCUUCCUCCUCCGGUUCCCUUCGUCUUCGCGCCGCAGGUUCCAGUAACUCCGCUGCAGAGGCUGACUGAAAUUUCAACUGUUUUUAACCAUUCUUGGACAAAUGGCUUGGAUGAACCCACAAACGAUAACCCCCAGGAGAAGGGAAUUCCAACUUUGAUUACAUGGAGACAAGGAGGAAAUGAGGUGCUUGUGGAAGGAUCAUGGGAUGACUGGACAUCAAGGAAGGCAUUACAGAGGUCUGGAAAAGAUCACGCCAUCUUGUUAGUUCUGCCAUCUGGAGUAUAUCAUUACAGGAUCAUUGUCGAGGGGCAACCGAGAUAUGUUCCCGAACUACCUCAUGUGACUGAUGAGAGAGGGCAGGUGGCCAACCUCCUUGAUGUCCAUGAUUAUGUUCCGGAGAGUCUAGACAGCGUGGCUGAAUUUGAUGCACCUCCAUCACCUGAACACAGCUACGAUCUGCAGUUCCCAGCCGAUGAGGAGUUCGCGAAGGAGCCACCUGCCCUCCCACCUCAGCUUCUGAUGUCUGUCCUUGGUGGCGCUGAUAACGCAGAUCAACAUGCUCCAAAACCCAAGCCACAACACGUCGUCCUCGACCAUCUGUUCAUCGAGAAAGGGUGGGGGUCACAGUCCCUGCUCGCCCUUGGUGUCACCCACAGGUUCCAGUCCAAGUAUGUGAACUUUGUGCUCUACAAACCGCUGUUGAGGAGUUGACGAUGCCGUGGGCGGAAGAAGAAAGAAUUGGUGUCUGGCUAGGACUGAUGGAAGUGACUAAGAGUGUGUAGCUGGCAAUGUACAUAAGGGGAAUGCAAGAGCCCAUGUUGUCUGAUGCUGCUCGUGCACCUUUAGCUUGUGACUCCUCUCUUUUUUUUGUUUCUUGUUCUUUGUUUCUUCAAUAAGGUGUUCUUGUUGUAGCGUGAAGUUUCAACAGCCUGACUAACUCUGAGAAAAUGAACCGAGAGAUAAUUGGAAAAAUGUGUGGCCUUGUUUUGUGAUU